AUGAUUCCGUUGAAAUCGAAAGUAAAGUCGAAAGGAUUAAUGAAAAGCGUUCCUUCCGGAGUACUGGCACCGAAAAGCUUAGCCACGAAGCCGGUGAAGCCUCUUCAGAAGUCAGUCUUCCCAUCAACUUCUUCAUCUUCUUCACUCGGCAGCGUUUCAACGGGACCAGGCUUACCUGUCGGUGCUCGCCCUCCGUUGGAUGAAUCAUGGCGGGAUUUUUGUGAAAUGACCACCAUCGACUUUUCAACCUACGCCACUUCUAUCCAGGAGUCUAUCGAACAGGGCAAGAUGAAUAAGUUGGCCCGAUUACUCACAGCAGCGUUUCGCACUUUUAUCGAUAAGAAAUCUGAUCAGAGCAAAUUCAACAUCGAGUACCAACUACUCACUAUCGCUGCUCUCACCAUCAAAGAGCACCAUGAGAAAAUACAGCAUGUUGCCUUGCAAAAGUGUUUGCUGAAUCUGAUGUGCCGCAUGAAGCCCAUGACAUCUGAAAGGCAAGGGUUGAUAUCUGCAAUAGUAGUCACCUUAGCAAGUGGUCAACCGGUUUGGGAUCCGUACUACGUGACGGCGUACCUCCACGACUCUCUUGGAGACCGCAAUUGGGUGUAUAAGCCAAACUCUUCAUUCAUAGCCUCACAAAUUGUGAAAGGCUUUGGCACCAUCUAUCCAACGAAGGAUAUGUUUACUGCUUGUAAUCUUGAAAUGGAUCUCGAUUUUAUACCGGAAGGUCUCGCUAUUUAUUGCAUGCAGCUUGCCAGCGAUCGUUUUCCAUCUGCAACAGCAAAAGAAGAAAUUUCCGCAAUAGCUCUCAACGCACUGGCGCCGUGGUGGGACAUGCGAGCGGAUAAUACUCCUGCUCUUUUCUUACGUGCAAUAGCGCCCCUUAUGGCUCUUCCAGAGGUAACCUCUGUGUUCACCGUUUCCCUGCGCGAAAUGUUGGUACGUAAAAACGACUGUAAUAUGCGUACAGCAAUUCGGUUGCUAUUGGAGAAUGAGUUCGGCCACGUUAUGUCAAGACACCCCCACAAUGUUUCUAUACUCAUCAGUAUGUUUGGAUUUGAUAGAACAAGAACAGCAGAAGUUCUCGGUGAGGAAAUUUCGGAGAUGAUCAUGGCCCGAGAGGAUUAUUGCAAACCGGUGCGUCUACUGCUCCGUGAAAUCAUACGAUUCUUCCAUCGCAACGAGUUCCCGUUCUACACUUUGGCUAACAGCUAUCUCUCAACCAUAGUGGAUGAGGUGGCUAAGAGUGAACACGGAAUCCAGGAUCACGUGUUUCGAUGCGCAUCAGAGUUGUUGAGUGCUGUUACGUUGAUGUCAAUCAGUGCGUCAGUACGUGAAGCCUUCAAUGCUCGUCGCACCGGUUCCAACUAUACUCCUGAUCUUGUCCUGGUUCACGAUCGCUUCGAAAACGCUCUGUCGGAAUGGUUACAAGGUGUUCGGCAUAUAUUUCCAUCUGCUCGUGAAUAUCUCCAAGCAUAUCAUAAACUUCUUUUUAUGGAGAGACCGGAAGUAUACUGCGCUCUGGAACAAGGUCCAACGGAGGCGGAGUAUAUGACGUGCUUCAAAGUGAUUUGUGAAUGUCGACUGAAGGAAAGUAUUUUGAAAAUGAUUCUCGGCGAACACAUAACAAUGUUAGAUAAUCAAGAGGCUAUACGCCUAAUUGAAGGCUUGACCAAGCGAGCUGUAGAAAAUCGCGUAGCAGCAGAUGCUCAUCUUCCUCUGAUAGCUCUAUCUAAUCCGGUGCAGUUGAUUGACAGACUCUUCCAGCUCAGUGGAUAUCGCUGUCAACCUGGAGUGACUAUGCCGUCAUUCCGCUUUCCAUUGGAAUUUGAAGGAAAAACACCUGAGGAAUGGGAAGCAGUGGAAGCGGAAACCACCGAAAAGGAGAAAGAGGCCAUCUUGGCAAUGGAAUCCUUCCUUUCGAAGUGUAGUAUGGAGGAAGAAAGCUCGAAAUUGAUAGGAACGAUCUGUUUCAAUCAGCCACGAGGCAUGCCGCGGCGACCCCCUGAACCAGUGAUACGGAAAUUAGAAGUGCUAGCAAUAGACUGUUCCAUGGCAUCGAGACUAUGUGAGUGCAGACAACCUGAUAUGGUUGACCAACUUAUUCGAAAUGUUGGCCCAUCGAAGGCGAUGCCUGCUAUUCAAGAGUUAUUUGCUACCAAUUCAUCUGCCAUAGAAGCUAUGCCAGCAUCAACUCUAUGUCAGUAUCUUCAUUACGAUCUGCAACGGCGAAAGGUAGCUAAAGUCGACGAAAGUAGCGCGCUUCAUAUGAUAGUUGGUAGAGUCCGGUCUGCUUUCGCUGACGCCUCUGUGCAAGAUGACUGUGUGAAUGCAGUUCUGUUUCUUCUCGAUAAGCGUACAGCUUUCAAUGUCCGCGAACGCCUCGGUGCUAAACUCGUUCUGACCAUUCUAUUUACGGAUCCGAAUGAGUCGAUGGAUCUGGAUCAAGUUACUGAAGGUGUUUGGAUGCGCGGUCUACAAAACUCCGCUUUUUAUUCAAGAAUCGCGUCAUCUAUGGUGACACAGCUCGCUCGUGCGGCGCUGGACUCUGAUGGUACACAGCUGGAUCUCCUCUUGUCAACAAUACAAUCACAAAUGGACAAGGAGAACAUGCAUCAGUUGUCAAUUCUUCUCGCUGUUCUGGUGGAAAACUUCGGCAAGGCUUCUCCUGCAAAAGCUCAGCCUUUGCUUGAUGUGUUCUUGCGUUAUGUUGAAUUAUGUGCUGGAGCUCCCGAAAUGUGGCCGGCAGAUUCCGCAUUCCCGCCUGGGCGCAAAGUGGUAAAGUACAUCGUGGAACUGGCUGGUCAAAAAAUGUUCAUGACCGCAGACGCAGUAGAAGCGAUACUGCGCCUCUUGUGCUACACUUCAGGCCUACAAGGAAUCGCCUAUCGAAAACUCGCUGAGGUUUGGCUGCCUGAAAACAGUCCAAUGCCAAAGGUGACGUGUGACGGCAAGCCAGUGGAUUUGCUGACGUCCAAACUGAGAGCAUUCAUGUUGCAAUUUGAUUACGAAAAUAUUGUGCAGAUCGCGAUGCAGGACUUGGAUCCAACUUUGGCCCUGAAAGUGGCGUGUGAGAUGAGUGCAAUGAGACCUGCGCAUGCUUCACAUCUUUUGAAAAUCGCUUGCGAGACGCGUCCACUGACGAAGUCGGAUGUCAUGUCGUUGGAUAAGACGGCGAGGGUCAUGCUGAACAUUCACAGCAUUAAUGGCAUCGAGUACGCCCAACAAGUGCUUACACUUCUUGACGAGAUUCAAAAGUCCGGUGAAGAGAAGAUGGAAGUCAGUCCAUUCCAUAGUAUCACACCGCGAAAAGCUACAGAGAUCAUCGAGCCUCCGCCUGCAAAGCCAAUGUCGCGUCAGGAAAUGGUCCAGCAUUUGAAAGCAGCCACUAUACCAAAUGCGCCCUUCGUCCUCAGCUGGAAUAUCUGGCGUGAUACGCAACGAGCUGAGGAUGUCGCUAUGGCAGUCGUGGAACAUCUUGAAGGAAAUCUAAAGUUCUUCCUUGGCGACCGUGAAGCAUUUAACUUGAUUUUUGCUGUACUAGGACCAUGCGCGAAAAAGUUCCCAUCUGUAAAGCGGCGUUUGUCGACCUUCUCAGCAAAAGUGCUAAAGAGCGCUGCUACUUCGCCCGCUAUCGAGGGACACCUUCGUCAAUACGUACCGAAUGCUCCAGCACCAGCUAACCAAAAGAAAAAGGAGCUCACCGAAGAAGAGAUGCUGGAAGUGCUCCAUACAAAAGUAAUUCCAGCUGGUUACAGCCGAGCACUGCUUUUGAAUAAAUUCCUGCAACAUCGGGUGGAGAUUUUCAAAAGGAACGCAGAUCCUGCGGAGUUCGAUGCACAGAUGAUGGCCAUAUUCGGUGAUUCUGGCAUAGAAGAGCUGGUUGCACAAAUGCCUCUCCGAAGUCCGUUGAAGACUAUCGAGACAGUUUUUCUCAGACUACUUUCGACAUUCAAUACGAAGUAUAAUCCAAAGAUAGUCUGUUCAUUCUUCAUGAUUAACGCUAUUCGUGAGUUUUGUCGUGAAUGGACUGCUCAGCAAUGGGCAUGUCUUGCCCAGUACGUCGUCGAAAUGGUAAUGGGAGAUCCACAACAGAUGAAGGCUGCUGUGAACCUUAUUGAUCGAUUGGUUGAUCUCACAAACGUAGAAGUUGUGGUACCGAUAGCCGAAGUCAUUGUGACGUUGGCCAGAUCAGAUCUCCCUAUUGAGAAAAGGAAGCACGCUCAGGCUCUGCUAGACGAUAUACAACUGAAAUAUCCGUGUCAGUUUCUUGAUUUCAAUUACUUGAUUAAGAUAGGUCUGUUUGUGGAUCCACUAGCCAAUCAAGCUAGUAUCCAAGGAUUUCGAUGGCGUCAACGAGAUACAGACGGUCUGGUGACAACGUUAGUGGCACAGGCAGUGGAUCCGAACCAGUCAGACUCCUUCGGUGUUUACGGUCUGGUGACAACGUUAGUGGCACAGGCAGUGGAUCCGAACCAGUCAGACUCCUUCGGUGCUGUGCGAACUCUAACGCAGUUGGUGGAGACUUAUCCAAAAGUAAUGAUUAGGAAUUUUGGUACGAUGGCGCAACAGAUUCCGCUGCUUACAAGGAUGCCGUCUGCUUUACGUAAGGAAAUGCUGCCUUUCGUCGCUUUCGUUCUUGAUGCUACUCAGAGACUCUUGCCGUCGAUGCGUGAGGCAUCCUAUCGCUAUGUGCUUGGAGAUGCUGUUCACGCGUUUCUUUCUUUCUACGAGACGAUUUCCAAUUCUGAAGCAGCCGCUUACUUCGGUGAGAAACUGUUAUCAUGUUGUAUGAGGUUCUUCAGUUCUCAUACUGAAACGGUAAAAUGA